CUUGAGGCCGCUGACCCCUUUUUUAAUUUGGCCAACCAACCUCCUGAUGCAGCCUAUAUCCACAUCACCUCUUUCUUUGGUCAUUCAUAGCUGGGUAGCGUUGGAAACCAUGAGCGGCAACUUCAGGCCGUGCGUCUCACUAUUGGAUCUGUGCGUGACAAGCGGUGAGAAGUCGAGGAUCGAGCACCCUUCCGGUUCGAGCAGUCAGGGUGUUUGUUUCCGCUGGAAUCGGCCGCCGAAUGCCUGAAACAUCUUGGACGUCCUUCAAAUCCGAGUCGCCAGGUCUGAAGAGGACCGCCGGGCCGUGUGGUGAGACGGUCGUUGUUUUAAGAACCGGACAUCCAGCUUGUUAAGCGUCUGAGUCGUCUGGGGGCAGAGCUGCAUUGUGGGAUGGCCGUCGAGUUUCCAGGGGGCUCCGAAGCUAUCUGGAUUUCAGGGCCGAGCGGGUAGCAGUCCUGGAUGCUGGGAGCUGCAAGGGAUCCCCGGCGUACUUCCCGGUGAGGUGUGUGGGGCUGGUCCUCUAAGCCAACCUCUUUGGUUUAUGGACGGCCCAUUGAUUUUGACUCGGUCAGAUUUAUUCAAACAAAUUGGCUUUUCACUAAUUGGCCUCACUCCUGCGGACGUUCAUGGGAUUUUGUUUCAGACGAGCGGCGAGUGAAUUAGUGAAUCCUUCCUCUCCCUGCCUCCCAAAUUCCACUGACUCGUCUUCAUCUCCUUCAAAAUUGGCUUUUCACUAAUUGGCUUUUCACUAAUUGGCCUCACUCAGCUCUGCCUCCCAAAUUCCAUUAGAGAAAAAACCCCCUGCCAUAAACCUCUUGCAAAAUUAUCCACGUCAAAGUCCGCCCGGUACCAACCGUAGGCCGAGCGGUAAGCAAAUAUCUGCCCGGCAAUCCGCCAGUGGUGUUCCGGGAUUGGAGGUAGCCCCCGCGUUGUGGGACCUCGGGCCGUCCGUCUACAACGUAAAUAAGACAAGCGGUGGGGCGAGGACGAACUGUCCGGAAUUGGCAACCUAGCUAGUGCUAUGAGGCCGAGCGGCCAGAGCUGAGUGGCAUCUGCAAUGAAAGCCUGGAGCGGGGUCCACUAAUGGAAUGACGAGCUGGUAUUCCGAUAAAGAGGGCAAGCUGCGAUGUAAGUGAUGCAGGGCUGCGAUCUGACUGAAUGGGGUGCUGACAGGCCGGUCUGCCUUCUCAUUGGACGUACCUCCCCUAUGUCAAAACUGUCACAGCAUGAUCCCUCCGUUUAGGAACAAAGGUAACGUUCAUAAGAAAAAACGCUCCAAACCAGUUAGCUUGGUUCAUGGGCGGCCUUCGCUUGCCACCCGACCGCCGUCCCGCGAUUGCACUGUUAGAUUAUUGGACUUAUAUUGCAUGUAAUAUUCACAAUAUAUUAUUUAUCGGGUUUAAUUGUAUGUUAUAUGCUAUCUUAUAUUUAGGCCUAAAAUUAGUGAUCCUAUGGAUAUUAAUUUAAGUGGGCUAAUAAGUUAUCUAAUAAGGUAUAGGGCCCAAAUGUGUAGAGACCCAUGGGCUUGACCUAAUCAAUGAUGGGCUGAUUAGGGUUAAGCACUCUCUAUAAAUAAGGGGUUAUGGUCCCUAGUUGAACACGUCAUUCCGUCUUUCUGCAUCUCAUCGCUAGAGAGAUAAUUCCCGAGGGUGUGUAUCAACUAGAAGACACAAACCCUAGCCUCCAUCUCCCGGAUCUCUAAAGGUCAUCUCCCAUGGAGUCAGUCAAUAAUUCUGCUGCUACAGUAUCUGCUAAUCUUAAUAGCAUCUCAGUGCUUAACGGCACGAAUUUUAAGGAAUGGAAAGAGAACGUUAUGAUCGUUCUCGGUUGCAUGGAUCUAGACCUUGCACUUCGGACUGAGAAACCCGCCGCUCUUAAGGAAAAGAGGGAGAUGGAGAGGUGGGAACGCUCAAACCGCAUGAGUCUAAUGAUCAUGAAACGUGCAAUUCCAGAAUCAUUCAGGGGCACAAUGUCUGAUGAGGCUGAUGCCAAAUCGUUGCUUGCCGAACUUGAAAAACGUUUUGCUAAAAACGAAAAGGCAGAAACUAAUACUCUUUUGAGCACUCUUGUUUCCAUGAAGUACAAAGGCAAAGGGAACAUAAGGGAGUACAUUUUGGAAAUGUCUCAUAUUGCUUCAAAACUAAGUGCACUAAAGCUUAUUUUACCUGAGGAAUUGCUUGUGUAUUUAGUUUUGAUCUCUCUUCCUUCUCAAUUUAAUCAAUUUAAAGUCAGUUACAACUGCAUUAAGGAGAAAUGGUCUCUCAAUGAGCUCAUUUCUCAUUGUGUUCAAGAGGAAGAGAGAAUAAAGCAAGAUAAGACAGAAAGUGCUCAUUUGGCAUCUACCUCUAAGGGCAGCAAGAAAAGGAAAAUUAAGGAAGCUGCAAAUUCAGGGCCUCCCAGGAAGCAUCAUAAGGAAACUAAGGAAUCUGGAUGCUUCUUUUGCAAAGGGACUAAUCACAAGAAAAAGAACUGCACUAAGUACCACGCCUGGCGUGCGAAAAAGGGGUUGCCUGAGCUGCCGAAAACCAAUUGAUGGUGAAAGAUACAUCUAUGUCGGUGAUGGCAAGCGGGUUGAAGUUGAGGCUAUCGGUGUUUUUAGAUUAUUAUUAAAGACUGGUUUUUAUUUGGAUUUGAAAGAGACAUUUGUUGUGCCGUCAUUUAGGCGGAAUUUAAUUUCUAUUUCUGCAUUGGACAAAUUUGGUUAUUCUUGUUCAUUUGGAAAUAGUCAGUUCAGUCUAUUUCAAGAUUCAAAACUUAUUGGCACUGGUCUUUUAUCAGUUUAUGAUAAUCUAUAUUCACUUGAUAU